CUCCCACAUUGCAUCGCAUCGCAUAAUUGCAAACUGUACUUAUAUAUUUUUAUCCAAGAUGGAAGGUACGCAGCAGACUACAGCUGCUUUGAUUGGUAAGUGGCUACUAUUUAUUUACAACUCUCAUGAUUUCAACACAAUCAAUCAUCGACUUGAUCAAUCAAUACAAUCACCAUCUCGACAGCGACCAGAACGAAUUUGAUAAUACAGCAAACGCGGCUCAUAUUCAACAUGUCUGGUAAUCGCGAUGUUUGGGAUUCUUCUCGCGAUGAAACCAUAGGAACGGUCUCCGGAAAUUCAAAUGCGACUAGCGAUUCCACCAGAAUCAAUGAAGACACUGUCAUGGAUUCCUCAGUUCAUUCUCACCCUGAACUUAUGGGUAGAGCGAUCUCCAGUGAUUCCAUGCAAACCAAUGAAGCUAAUGGCGCCAACUUUCUGCUUUCUCUUGGCAGUGAGCACAUGUCUGCAGCGCCAGCUAGUCAUCCUACAAGUCAUCUCACUGGAAUCCAUGAAUCCAGCGUCACCGAUACAUCGAAUUCUGUUGGCCCUGGGCCAGUUUCUAGCAUGCCCUCCAAUAAUUCCGGCAUGACCAAUUGGUCAAUGGUCUCCGACUCAUCUACGAUUCAAUCUACCGACGCUGUAGCGACUGAGUCUGUGUCGUGGAUACCUGGUCUAGAGAGUGAUGUACACUACUCUGGUGGUCAUCAACUCGGAGUUAUGCCCCAUCAACCCAUUGGCGCUCUAUCUUACGGGCUUAACAUGCCUCCACAAUCCACUGAGUCUACUGGUGGAAAUACAUCAAGCACUAGAUUGCCCUACUACGGAGUUGACAUGCAUCCACUGCUCGUUAAUUCUACUGGCGAAAGUACCUCUAGCGCUUUACCCUACAAUGGGGUUAGCAUGCACCUAAAAUCUCCCAUUGAGUUUGCUGGCGAGAAUAUCACAAACCCCAGCUUGCUUAAUGAAGAUUCAGCAAACGAAGCAGUAGGAUUCGCUGAACCAGUCUCCAACAAUCACAUGCCGCAUCAAGGGGCGGCAACUCUCGGUUUUCCCAGGGAAGUCACAACAGCCAACGAACUAGUUUUCGACAACGGCACGUUGCGCCAAGAGGAUUCUUCUGCACAAAUGACUCAAAACAAUCUACACAUGGAACUAUCCUUAGAUUUUGAAAACAUAUCUAUACCAGGCUUGCUCAACGAAGUCACACCAACCGCGGAACCAGUUUCCAAUGGCGAAACGUUGCGCCAAAAUUAUCCUUAUGCACAAGUGGCUCAAAAUGAUGUGUCCAUGGAAAAUCUUGUUGGCGAUGAGAAUGAAUCAAGGGUUUCCUUGCUCAACGCGUUCGGAGCAAACGAAUUUCAAGAAUUCCCAGAACUCCCAGAAUUACCUGAAGUGGCCUUUGACAAUAGCAUGUUGCAUCAAGAUGAUCCAAUUUCAAACUUGCCCGACGAAGUCACAGCAAAUGAGAUUGCAGAAGUUCCCGAACUAGUCCUUGACAAUGGCAUUUUGUACCAAGAUGAUCCACGCCCUAACUUGCCUAAUAAACUCAUCGCGAUCACCGAGCUAGUUGCUAACAAGGAAGCCGCAUCAAUCACGGGACUAAUCGCCAACAAUGAAAUCAUAGCAGCCACCAAACCAGUUGUCGAGGAUAAAAGACCAAGUCAAAAUGAUCCAGUUCACAAGCACGAAUCUGUUCACAACGAUGGCUCAGCUGAUAACCUAGCCGAAUUACGCAGAUCCAAAGCUGACGAACUUACAGACCGCCAGGAACGUGCUAUCGCUGCUCUCCUUAUCCGUUUUCAGAAUCUUGUUAAGCUUGCUGCAUUACCUACUGAAGAUGCAUUUACGAAGGAGAUUGCAGCUGCAGAGGGAUUGAGAAUGGAGGUUGAGAGUAAUGCCUUAACAAGCGCAGCAGAAGACCUCUUAAAGUUGACUAGAGAAUUGAAGGAGUGUUGGAUUUUUGGGUCAUUGAGAGGAAUCGGCGAAGGAGAAGGUGAUGGAGAAAUGGAGACCGAUUCAAAGAAGGUCGCCGAAUUGAUUGAGAAGCAAUUGGAGAAAAAGCAUGAGCAAGAGAAAAACAAGGCAUAAUUAAGAUUUACACUGAGUAUUUGGCGUUUAAUAUGGGGAACAGGAGUUCACUGGACUGGCUGUCUUACAAUUUAUUCAUUUCCAUGGAGUAUGGGAAGGGUGGUAGAUACCAGGGAUUUUGGUAAGACACUGUAUCAAAAUGCUCCUCUAGAAAGGAUAAACCUGAGGAUAUUAGAAAUGUCUAUUCUUAGUAUUCAUGUAGGUAAAAUUCUUUGAUUUACACUCACAGUAUCUAAAAAUAAUACGAUAGCAAAGAAGGCUACGAAUCUUAGGU